CAAAUUCCACAGACAGAUGCUGGAAAUAUACCUAACAAUUCGAGCACAGGACCGGUUCUUAAGGAUGAAUCAUUCAUAGUAUAUAGACGAAGAAGAAGAAGAAGUCAUACUGAAUGUAUUUGGCUUUCCUGUGAGCAACCUUUUACUACUAAAACGCCUUGCGAAUAAUAACAAGGGGUAAAGCGUCACGGAACGUGUUCGGCGCGGCACCCUCGACACAUGCCUUUUCCCUCGUCGCGAUCACCACUUCUCCGUCGCCGUUACCAAAACUCCCCAUCUCCGCGAGUUUUAUGAUCUAGCUCAAUGUGCAAGUCCAGAGCCGCCACCAUGGCCUCCCAACCUAGAUCCAGGUCCCAUUCCAAGUUCUCCGCCGCCACCGCCGCUUCCUCCGGCGAGGUCAGCGCGGGAACCGGUAGCCGUCCCGGCCGCCUGCCCCCUACAUCAAACCACUCCGAUUCGUCGUCCGGACCUAAACCCUCCUCCUCUGCCUCUUCCUUCGCUGCCUCCUCCUCCUCCUCCGCCCUCAGCCUCGCCUCCCUUCGCGGCGCCCUCCCGGAGGCCCCCGCUGUCUACCACUUCCCGGAGCUCUGCGCCGCCACCAACAACUUCCUCGCCAAGCGCCUCCCCGGCGCCUCCUCCUCCGCCUGGCGCUGCGUUCUCCGUGGUCGGGACGUCGUCGUUAUCCAGCGCCCCCUCCGCCGCCACCCCCGCGAGCUCCCCGCCCGCCUCGCCGCCCUUGGCAGGUCCCACCACAGCAGCCUCGUCCGCCUCCUCGGCGCAUCCCCCUCCGGUGACCACGUUUACCUGGUCUACGAGUUCGUCCCCGGCGCCAGCCUCGCCGAGUGUCUCCGCAACCCGCGGAACCCCGCGUUCACCCCGCUCUCCUCUUGGGUCUCCCGCGUGCAGGUCGCCACCGACGUCGCCCAGGCCCUGGAAUACAUCCAUCGCCACUCCUCCACCGCCACCGGCGUCCACAACCGGCUCAAGAGCUCAGCCGUCAUCAUCACCGAGCCGGACCUCCGCGCCAAAAUCUGCCACUUCGGCGCCGUGGAUCUCGAGGGGGAGGUCCCCGAUACCGUGGCCGAUGAGGCAGAGGCUAUCUCGAUCUCCUCGCCGUCAACGAGGAAGGGAUCCAGCGAGAAGCAGAAACAGAAAGAGGGAGCGCGGGAUUACAUGGCCCCGGAGCUUCUGGCCGAGGGGGUCGUCUCGCGGCGGUCGGACGUGUUCGCUUUCGGGGUGGUGCUCCUCGAGCUCUUCUCAGGCGAGGAGCCGCUCAAGUACCGAUACGACAAGGACCGGAAAUUCUUCGAAGUGGUCUCCCUCAUCGAAACGGCGCGGGAGGCGGUGGCGGGGGAGGGGGAGGAGCGGCUGGGGAGGGUGAGACGGUGGGUGGACGGCAGGCUGCGGGACUCGUUCCCGGUGGGGGCGGCGGAGAAGCUGAUCCGGGUGGCGCUGCGGUGCGUGGAGGCCGAUGCGGCGGCGCGGCCGGACAUGACGUGGGCUGCCGGCAAGGUCUCCAAGAUUUACCUUGAAUCCAAGGUAUGGGCGGGGAAGGUCAGCGUUCCGACCGGCUUUUCCGUAUCCACGGCUCCGCGGUAAACCUCCGCACCCGCCGCGGCGCGAGCGAUGUGACGGAACUGCCCCCUCGAAGAAUUACUUCACACCACUGUAUCCUUUUUGUCUUUUGUGCAUAUGGAGACAACUGAUUUGGCUUUUUCUACCGCAAACAAACAAUAACACAUCAAUUAGAAUCGA